CAAAAAAAAGAAGCGUAGUUUAGGAAGCAAAAGUUGGGUAGCACUAAAAUGCACAUACAACAACAAUCAGCGUCACCUUCCGCUGACCGGAGAUUAAGUGUUCUGGCGAGGCAUCUUGAAACUUCGUCCUCCGUGGCCGCCAAGCAGUGGAUCAUGGCUGCUCCGACGUCGUCAGGAACACAAUCUGUCUUCGCUCACAUCGUUCGCGCGCCUGAAGAUCCUAUUCUCGGCGUUACUGUUGCAUACAAUAAAGAUACCAGCCCUGUGAAGUUGAAUUUGGGAGUUGGUGCCUACAGGACAGAGGAAGGAAAACCUCUUGUUUUGAAUGUCGUAAGAAAAGCAGAGCAGCAACUAGUAAAUGACAGGUCUCGUGUUAAAGAGUACCUUUCAAUUACUGGGCUGGCAGACUUCAAUAAAUUGAGUGCUAAGCUGAUACUUGGUGCUGAUAGCCCUGCUAUUCAAGAGAACAGAGUAACAACUGUGCAGUGCUUGUCCGGCACAGGCUCAUUGAGGGUUGGAGCUGAAUUUUUGGCUCGACAUUAUCAUCAACGGACUAUUUAUAUUCCCCAACCAACAUGGGGAAACCACCCAAAGAUCUUUACUUUAGCUGGGUUGUCAGUUAAGAGUUACCGCUACUAUGAUCCAGCAACCCGUGGACUCCAUUUUCAAGGUUUGUUGGAAGACCUUGGAUCUGCUCCGUCAGGAGCGAUAGUGCUACUUCACGCUUGUGCACAUAACCCCACUGGUGUGGAUCCAACCCUUGAUCAGUGGGAGCAAAUUAGGAGAUUGAUGAGAUCAAAAGGAUUGUUACCUUUCUUUGAUAGUGCAUAUCAGGGCUUUGCUAGUGGAAGCCUAGACACAGAUGCACAGUCUGUUCGCAUGUUUGUGGCAGAUGGAGGUGAAGUACUUGUUGCUCAAAGUUAUGCAAAGAAUAUGGGACUUUAUGGUGAACGUGUCGGAGCUUUAAGCAUUGUCUGCAGGAAUGCUGAUGUAGCAAGCAGAGUUGAGAGCCAGUUGAAAUUGGUGAUUAGGCCAAUGUAUUCCAAUCCGCCAAUUCAUGGUGCAUCAAUAGUUGCUACAAUCCUCAAAGACAGAAACUUGUACCAUGAAUGGACUCUUGAGUUGAAAGCAAUGGCUGAUCGAAUCAUCAGAAUGCGCCAGCAAUUAUUUGACGCUUUACGUGCUAGAGGUACCCCUGGUGACUGGAGUCACAUUAUCAAGCAGAUUGGAAUGUUCACUUUCACGGGACUUAACAAAGAACAAGUUGCCUUCAUGACCAAAGAAUACCACAUCUACAUGACAUCAGAUGGACGCAUUAGCAUGGCAGGUCUAAGCUCCAGGACAGUUCCACAUCUAGCAGAUGCCAUCCAUGCUGCUGUGACUGGGGCUCGUAGAGGUGUUACUGGCUACUAAUGUUCGUUCCUGUUUUAUCUGAGGUUGUUCGCUGCUGUCAUUCUGGUUGGACGAGUAUUUUCGGUUCAAGUAGAUUCAAUGGCGAUUCCCCCCUCUCUGUGGAAUAUGGUGGUUCAGGUGUAAUAACUAGUUACCUCUUUGUUGGAGGUUAUAAUAAACCUACAUCAGUAGUGACUAGAAUAAACAGAUUUUGCUUAAUAUAGCAAUCCUAUUUUCGUAAUACCUUCGGGCUUAGUUGCUAAAAUAGUGCUAAAUAGCAUACCUACAGUUAUUACUUAGCAAUUUUAAAUAAUUAUUUUGCUUUAUCUGAAUGAAGUUAAAGCUUGUUUUCCAAUCAA